UAUUGAUUGGAAUUCCUAGCAAUGUUCUCCAAAUCUUAUUCUAGAUUUUGCUUAGCAGGUAGUGAGGAGAAACUAGCUUUUUGCAAGGAUAUCAGAGUUGAUGUAUGCAUCAAUUACAAAACGGAGGACUUUGUUGCAAGGGUAAAGGAAGAAACUGGUGGUCAAGGUGUCGAUAUUAUUCUUGAUUGUAUGGGAGCAUCCUACUAUCAAAGAAAUCUCGAUAGCUUAAAUUUUGAUGGAAGGCUUUUCAUCCUUGGCUUUCAAGAAGGCACUUCAACACAAACAGAUUUGCGCACUUUAGUUGCUAAGCGUCUUACUGUACAAGGUGUUGCGAAUUUCGGAUUAUACCGUUUCCUUGUGGAUGCUUUGCUUGCAUGUUGGAAGAUGUUGAAAAUAGAAAAUAGCUUAACACAUCUUUCACACACUCUGUUAUCUGUUUUUGUUAUCAUGCUUCCUCUUUAG